CACCGUCAGUUCCCGCCCUCUGCAUUUCGCCCUCUUUUGUAUCUGUCCAGAACAAAGCGCACUCUCUGUAACUUUUCGAUAUCACUCUUCUCCAGACCAAUCAAUUGUAAGCCCAGCCUCGAGGACCCGAGAUCAGGUUACAGGUGUUUUAUCGACAGAGGUAACCACAACAAUCCUCCGCCUCGUGGGUUCCUCUUCCUGGGCCUUGUCCAACGUCACAAGCGAUAGCCAGUCCCUCCGAAGCCACUGCUCCCUCCGCAAAUCUACACCAUGGCGCAAGCAGGGGUAUCGUACAACAACCCCCUCAAGAAGUUCAAGCUGGUCUUCUUGGGGGAGCAAAGUGUGGGCAAGACGUCCCUCAUCACCAGGUUCAUGUACGACUCGUUCGACAACAUGUACCAGGCGACCAUCGGCAUCGACUUCCUCUCAAAGACGAUGUACCUGGAAGACAGGACGGUCAGGCUGCAAUUGUGGGACACGGCUGGCCAGGAGCGAUUCCGAUCCCUUAUCCCAUCCUAUAUUCGAGACUCGAGCGUCGCCGUGGUGGUCUAUGAUAUUUCUAAUGCGAAGUCGUUCCAGAAUACGAGGAAAUGGAUUGACGACGUCCGGGCCGAGCGCGGAAACGAUGUGAUCAUCGUGCUCGUGGGGAACAAGACCGAUUUGAACGACAAGCGGGAAGUCACCACGCAACAGGGUGAGGAGGAGGCCAAGAAAAACAACUUGAUGUUCGUCGAGACGAGUGCCAAGUUGGGCCACAACGUGAAGACCCUUUUUAAGAGGAUAGCGCAGGCUCUGCCCGGCAUGGAGGGAACCGAUGCUGCCGCACAGGCGUCCAACCAGAUGAUCGACGUCAAGACAGCCAACACACCAGCAGCCCAAGAAGGAUGCUCUUGCUAAGCAGACAGGAACCCAGAGACAGCUGCAGAGAGAGAGAGAGAGAGAGAGAGAGAGAGAGAGAGAGAAAACAAUGGAUCGCCAUGUUCGCAGUGGCAAAAAAGUUCUAUCCCUAUAAUAAGGUCUUGUAGAAAGCAAGAACUGCAGCCAGAAAGGCCGGCAUGGCGUUGGCCAGAUCUUCACAGCAUGAGCGAUUGUAUAAUAAAACAACGAUUGAUGGGUCAUGAGUGUCACGACCCUUGCACUGAUAAGACCUUUUUAGUACUAUAUAUAAUUCAUCUUCGAGGAG